GCUUUUAGUUCACUGCUAACAAACACAGCCUGUCGUGCCUUUCUUCAGCACGUGGAAUGUUUAAAAUGAGCAGGAAAAUUGGCGUUUUCACGCAAUCCUCCUAAUGACGUAAACUCACUCAUCACGACAUAUUUUUGGGAUUCAUAUCUGGGGUGAGCAGCAGAUUGUUGUUUAAGUGAAGGGAUGGGAAACAUGGGACUGAGCUGCUGUGUGAUGUCUGGCCCUUGCCCCCAGUGCAGGGAAAGCUGUGGGGACGACUGUCUUUGUGUCUGUCACAUGGACGAGCCCUGUGUGGACCGCUGCUGUAACGUGUGCUGUCAGUUCUGUCUGGACUGCUUCUGUCUCAUCUGCUCGGACGACUGCCGAUACACUCUGUGUUUCAUGUGCACCAGGAUGGCCGACUCCUGCGCUGGCGUUCUGGUCACCGAGCAGCCCAAAUCUACACAUAAACCAAGAGAAGGUUCUCAAGGAGGCCAACUGGUUUAGAUCACCUGAUGUGCGUAAUGGAAGCUGAUGGGUUGGACGAAGACUUUUUUCCUACUUUAUGAUGCCAUUUUUUGUACAGCAAGGGACUGAAAACUAUGAAGGAAAUGUUGUUGUUGUUUUUUCUACAGUGAAUUUGUAGCCCAUGAUGGGCACUAUUUGUAUUGCACAAUGAAAACUCUAUAUUGUUGCCUAAAAAAGAAAAUACAGCUGAUUCUGUGAAUUAUCAAAGUGUCAUCUGUGAAAUGUAUCUAUAGGAUCUAUUCAAAAGUGAAAAUACUUGUGCAUUCAUGCAAAAAAAAAAAAAAAAAAAAAA